UUACAAAUGUUCAUUUUCUCACCAGGUCCACUCCCCUUGUACAACAAAUGCUUGAUGACAUAUGUACAAACUCUACACAAAAACUCUAAUCUAAAACCACAGAAUGUGUUGUCUGAUUUUUAUUCUCUUGUGCUGUGGUGUGGAUUUUUCCUUUUCCCAAGUGGAUAUCAAGGCAGCUGUCAAGGAGGAAAUAAAGAAACAGAUUUCUCCACUCUGGGCCAAAUACGCUGAGGUGGAAGCUGUCAAUUUAAAAAACCAGAAAACCAUUUCUGACCUGCAGAAACAGAUCCUCGAACUGAAAAAAGACAAUGUUUUAAAAUCUUCUGAAAUUUUCAUAGCAAAUCAACGCCUCCAGCAGCUUGCAUCCAUUCCAAGAGGAGAAUCUCUUUUGUCUGAAGACAUCUGCCAUUAUGUGUCUAGGCAAUGUCCUACCAAUUCUCGACAAGGCAGACAAAUCGGACAAAAUGUUGCUUUCAGUGCCUACAUGGAACACAAGGGUGGAAACAAUCACAUCGGAAACAAACUCCUAUACAAUCAAGUCCUUGGUAACUACGGCAAUGGGUACAACACUAGCAAUGGGAUUUUUACUGCACCGAGUACCGGUCUCUAUGCCUUCCUCUGGGUCACACAGGUUCAUCAUGACAGCUGGUGCAGCACCAGGAUGUUACGAAAUGGAUACAUUAUGAGUGUGACCUCCUCUAAUGCGAAGGCCACUGGCUCUGGCGCCAACGAGAGUGGUUCAGGAACGGGUUUUCUCAUCACCUAUAUGAACCGAGGCGACACAGCCUUUAUAGAAAUGAACAGUCCAUCUGGCCAAACAUGCAGUGUUGUAAGCAACGAUAAGGGACUGAGUACUUUCUCUGGGUGGGAAAUUGCCAUAAUAUGAUACAGUCUGAAGCUCAAUAAACAACAUACACUAAAA